ACAAACCUCCUCUUCUCUUCUCUUUUCCAACACUCUUGCUUCUUCAAACUUCAAACUCCAUUCCUUCUCUCUCUCUAUCUUUUCAACUCAUUUCUUAAGAAACAUCAAAUGCUUUUUUUAUUUAUUUGAUAUUUCUUCUUCAGGUCAUUUUCAAGUUCCCAUCUUUUCAAUGGCGGAUAGUUUUUACUGUACAGAGAAUGCCAAUAUUUGUUUUGAUGAAAAUAAUGAAUUUGAUGAACGAUGCUCAAUUUCUCUGCCCCAUCGAAGAACCCGUGAACCGAAUGUUGAAUUUUUCGGAUCCGAAAAUUUUCUGGGCUCUUCUGUACUAGAGAGUGAAGAGAGAGUUAAAAGAAUGGUUGAGAAAGAGAUUGAGCAUUUACCAACUCAUGAUUAUCUUAAGAGAAUGCUCUCUGGGGAUUUGGAUUUGAAGUUUAGAAGAGAGGCUGUUGAUUGGAUUUGGAAGGCUCAUGCCCAUUACAGCUUUGGUCCUCUGAGUCUUUGUUUAUCUAUGAACUACUUGGACCGUUUCCUCUCAGUGUAUCAUUUGCCUAUGGAUAAAAGCUGGACUGUACAGCUGCUGUCAGUAGCUUGUAUGUCUUUAGCAGCAAAAAUGGAGGAGACAGAAGUUCCUCUUCCUAUAGAUUUACAGGUUGAGGAACCAAAGUUUGUGUUUGAAGCAAAAACCAUACAAAGAAUGGAACUUCUUGUUCUAAGUAGGUUGAAAUGGAAGAUGCAAGCCAUAACUCCAUUUUCUUUCAUUGAUUAUUUCCUCAGUAAGAUCAGUGUUGAGCAGCAGAACAUACCAAGCUUUUACUUCUCAAAAUCAUCACAACUCAUUCUGAGCACAAUUAAAGGCAUUGACUUCUUGGAAUUCAAGCCUUCUGAAAUUGCUUUGGCUGUGGCAAUUUCCAUUUCAAGAGAAUUUCAAACACCAGAUAUGAAUAAAGCAAUCCUUUCUUUUCCAUAUAUGGAGAAAGAAAGAGUGAUGAAGUGCAUUGAACUGAUUAGAGAUUUUUCAUUGAUUAGUAAUGUAUAUGGAAAUACAUUGGGUGGUGGUAAUGUUGGUUCAGUUCCUCAAAGCCCUGUUGGGGUUUUGGAUGCAGCUUGUUUGAGUUACAAAACAGAGGAAUUAUUAACCGCAGGUUCAUAUGGUAAUGGUAAUUCUUCUUCUUCUUCUUCUUCUUCUUCUCAUGACAGUCAAGACAGCAAGAGGAGGAGACAAGAUAGACCAUCAUCAAAUGAUGAUGAUACAAGUCCAUCCAGUCCUGUCAAAUGAGAGAACACACAAAAAAAAUUAAAAAAAAAUAAAAAUUUAGGUACGUUGAUAAGGAAUUAAAUUAGAGUGGUCAUUAGUUAGAAAUGGAAUUUUCCACAACAUUUCAUAUUCAUAAGUUUGAGAUAGAUAGAGUUUUAGAGUGAAAGAGAGCUAAAUUCACUUUUGUAAACAGAAUUUUACUGUAAAAGAAGCAGAGGAAGAAGAAUUAUGAAUAUGAAAGAGUAGAGGAGAUGUGUGAUGGUGUGGUGUGUGAUUUUGGAGUGAAUGAGUGAGUUCUUCUUUUUUUUUUUUUUUUUUUUAAUUUUUUUUUUGGAUUUAUUUUCCUUGGGGGUUUAAAUAAUUGAGUUAUUGUAUGGAAGGAGAGCAGAGAAGAACAGAACAGAACAGGGCAGUGGAAUUAUAUAUGUGUUUGUUUUUGGGGAUUGAGAAAGAGGGACCCACUUGGUCAAACUUCUCUAUGUUUUUGAGUGUAUGACCAGUCAACAUCUGGGAUGGAUUGAUCUGUAUCUGUAUCACUGUUAUGUAUAUAAUGAUUAUUAUUCAAAAAACAAAGAAAAAAAAAAAGAACAUUGGAAGUAUUGCAAAA